AUGCUUGCAUUUUAUUUGGAAGAUGCAGAUCAAAUGGAACUUCGGAAAUUUGUUCUGAAGAGAAUCCCCUGCCCAACUAUUGAUUUUUAUGAUAAGAACACACUAGUUCUUCUGAAAGGCGGAGAGCUUUUACCAUUUUUGUCAAUUACAGCUGCAUUGCUCAUCAUGCUGGGACAGACGUUAUUCUUCUCGAUUCACACCGUUUAUCAUCUGAAUUACGUCAAAAAUGCGCACGUUUCGGAAUCUACCAAAGCGCUGCAGAAACGAUUUUUGAGAUAUGUGGCUUUGCAGAGAAUCCCCUGUCCAACUAUUGAUUUUUACGACAAAAAUACUUGUGUGCUUUUGAAGGGAGGAGAACUUUUACCGUUUUUGGCGAUUACUGGAGGAUUGGUCAUCAUGUUCGGACAGACGUUAUUCUUUUCAAUUGACACCGUUUAUCAUCUGAAUUAUGUGAGAAAUGCCACCGUUUCAGAGUCUACCAAAGCGCUGCAGAAGCGAUUUUUGAGACAUGUGGCGUUGCAGCAUUUAACAAUUUCUCAAUGCUCUUCAUGUCUCUUCACGGAUCGCUGA